CGGAGGAAUCGGGGCCGGGGCGCCCGGAGACAGUCGGCGGAGUCGUGUGGCCACCGCGGGAGACGGGAGCGCGAGCGGGCGGCCGAGGGCGCCACCGCCACCUCCCGCAUGGUGCCGAGCCAUCCUUAGGCGGCGGCGGCGAGGCCUGCGGGGCGGCGCCGCGGAGGGGGUCGCGGUCGCGGUCGCGGCUUCCCGUCGCCCACACUUCCUCCUGCGGCGGCCGUCUCGGUGGGCGGGAUGGCGGCGGCCCGGGGGAGCGGCCGCGCUUCUGCGCCCCGGCUGCUUCUGCUCCUGCUGCUUCCGCUGCUGUGGGCCCCGGCCGGGGUCCGGGCUGUCCCCGACGAAGACGGCCUCCGGAACAAGGAGCCGCCGGCGCCCGCUCAGCAGCUGCAGCCCCAGCCCGUGGCCGCGCAGGGCCCCGAGCCGCCGCGGGCCGAGAAAGGACUCACACCAGCUGUCCCAGUUCAUACCAAUAAAGAAGAUACAGAUACCCAAACUAAUUUGGGGUUUAUCCAUGCAUUUGUUGCUGCCAUAUCAGUUAUCAUUGUAUCUGAACUGGGUGAUAAGACAUUUUUUAUAGCAGCCAUUAUGGCAAUGCGCUAUAACCGUUUGACAGUGUUGGCUGGUGCUAUGCUUGCCUUGGGCUUGAUGACGUGUUUAUCAGUUUUGUUUGGCUAUGCCACCACAGUCAUCCCCAGGGUGUAUACCUACUAUGUUUCAACCGCAUUAUUUGCCAUUUUUGGCAUUCGAAUGCUCCGGGAAGGCUUAAAGAUGAGUCCAGAUGAAGGUCAAGAGGAACUGGAAGAAGUUCAAGCAGAAUUAAAGAAAAAAGAUGAAGAAUUUCAACGAACCAAACUCUUAAAUGGACCAGGAGAUGUUGAAACUGGUACAAGCACGAUACCUCAGAAAAAGUGGCUGCAUUUUAUUUCACCCAUCUUUGUACAAGCACUUACAUUAACAUUCUUAGCAGAGUGGGGCGAUCGCUCUCAACUGACUACCAUUGUUUUGGCAGCUAGAGAGUGACAAUCAUAGGAGGCAUCGUAUUUUUGGCAUUCGCAUUUUCUGCACUAUUUAUAAGUCCUGAUUCUGGUUUUUAAGAAGCUCUUUAUUCAUGUAACUCUUGUGUUUAUGUACAUAGUGUACAUUGAAACAAAAAGUGAUGGAAAAUACUGUAUUUUGUAGCAAUGAGUUAUGAUGUCCAAAAGAAAUAAUCAUUGAUUCUAUUUGCAACAUGGAUUUUUAAAAGAAACCUGACGUCUAAGUGUGGAUUUUUCUCUUCUCCAGGAUAAUCAUGUUAAUAUGGUCUUUGUUUUAAGGACCUUUUUUGCUUUUGGUAGGGGGGCAGUAUAUACAGAACCAUUGUGCAGUGGGGUCUACCAUUUGAGUUUCUUUUUCAGCACUGACUAGUUUAUAAGGAAUACAUACCUUUUUUUUCCCUGAAUCACUGAGGUGCUUUAAGAUGUUUAUCUUAGAAUUUUUCCUUCAUGCCAGUAAGCAGCCAUUUAAUCCUAAGUCUUUCCAAAAUUAGGUUGUUUAAAGAAAUAAUAAAAAAGAGCAAGAAAAGUGUACUAAUUAGUCAGCUCUUCCACAAGUUCCAUAUCCAGUAAUUCAACCAACCACUGAUCAAAAAUACUUGAAAAAAAUGUUACAUUGUUGCUGAUGUAUAUUCUGUUGUUAGGCCUACAAUGAAUGGUUGUGUCUGUACUGAAUAUGUACAGACUUUUCCUGUCAUUAUUCCUUAAAUAUAGUAUAUCAUUUACAUAGCCUUUAUAUUGUAUGAGGUAUUAUAAUCUAGAAAUGAUUAUAAGUAAAUGUGAGUAGGUUACAUGAAAAUACUCCACCAUUUUGUAUAAAAGACUUGAGUGUCCUUGGGUUGAGGGAAGGGGUCCUGGGAUCAACCCCCUCAAUACCAAAGGACAGCUGUAUUGUUAUAUCAAUAAUAUGACAAGAAUUGUUUGCCAGGCCAUUCUUACUUUUUAAAAAAUUGGGUGGGAAACCCAAUAUAAAAGAGUCAAUAUUUGACAAUGUGAAAUUACCAAAUUAAAGGAGAAUACAAUGAGUGUAUUCGUAUUUUUUUCUAUAUUGAAUAAGCAGUGUAACAGAUACAAUGUAAAUAAAAGUGGUAUGACCAGUG